AUGACCUGCGCACAUACCAAAGCAUGCCUCGAAGCCACGCUUGCCCAGGCGGGACCUUACUCCGAGAGAGGCAGGUGGACUGAAAUUGAAGGAAAAAAAACGUACAUUACGGGACCGGACGAUGCAGAAUACGGCGUCUUGUACAUCUAUGACAUUUUCAGUUUCCGGUCACAGAGCCUCCAAGGAGCGGACAUUCUUGCUUUUUCCGCGUCCAAGCCCACCCUCGUGGUCAUGGUUGACUGGUUCAACGGCGCCGCCGUCAAGGAUGAGUGGAUGACCUCGGACGCAGGACGUAACCUGAUGCGUCAGUUUGCCGCAAACAAGUCUUGA